GGCCUGGAAGCUCUCGCCUCCAGCCACCUUUUUUGAAGAGUCUUCCGCAGGUUAAAACCAGCGGUGAGAGGGGCAGAUGGCCUUCUGCGAAGGCAGAGAGGAAGAUGACUACGAGAGGCUGCAGGGGACCCAGGGAUGAGAGUAGGAGUCAGGGUCAUCCUUGGACCCUUCCAGCCAUCCAACAGGAGGAGUUACAAUUGCCAUUCUACUUUGAGAAAACUGAGACCUAAAGUCUGCCUGCCAGUGAUGGUGGAGCUGGAAUUAGAAUUCAGAUCUGGCUGCUCUUGAUGACUCCGAUCCCCACCCGUCUGUGAGCCUGUGAGCGAGGCCAGUACCGGGAACAAAUGUGAGGCUUGGGACCCACCGAGGGAGGUGAGCAGACCGCAGGGAGGGCGGGCCGAUCCCCUAGUUUCUGCAGCGCAGGGGGCUGGACCGCGAGGCUCGGCGCCAGGGGGCCUGCUGAGCGGUCUCUGCCAAGAGGGGGCGCGCGGGACGCCCCAACGGAAGCUCCGGGACGCGAUCGCUGUCCAAGUUUGAAAGGGUUGACCACUGGCCAAGGGACCCGCCUGGAGGGAGACCCUGCUCAGGACUGGAGGAGACCUCUCAAGUGCCCCAGUAGCUUCCAAGAGCCACUGAAUCCUGUGUGUUUUCAUCCCUGAGCCCCACCAUUGGCCCAAGCUGGGCAAGGAGCAACCAGUCAACCUCAGAGGCCUGGAGGCUGUAAAGUUAAGCAAGACAAAGAAAUCCCCAUGGACAAGCCUCACCUAUGUGCCAUACGCAGUGCCUGCAUUUCCACGGUCAUCAUUUCCUUCACCCCGAGCCACGGGAGGAUGUGGAGAAGUCCCACCUCUGCCAUCACUUUUCCCUUGCACAGGUGAUGCUGACUUUAGAGGACAAGAACAUGAAGGGACUCACCUGGGCCAUAGUCCUGGUCUUGACCUCCCUGGGCUACCUGCUCAUACUGCUGGUCUCCAUCUUUCCCUUCUGGGUGCGGCUCAUGGACGAGGAGACCCAGGAUGUGUUUUUCAGUGGCCUGUUUGAGAACUGCUUCCAUAUCAAAUGCUGGAAGCCUCGACCCUUAUCCAUCUACAUCCUCCUGGGCCGGUUCUUCCUGAUCUCUGCAGUUAUCUUGGCUUUCCUCACCAUCUUCCUCACGGUGUCCUCUGCAUCUGAACUCUUCCCAAGGACUUGGAAGCACAAUGUUGUGUCAGCCACUGUCAGCUUCCUCACAGGGAUCUGUGCCUUCCUGGCCAUGUUGCUGCAUGCCUUGGAGAUCCGGGAUCUGAGGAUGAAGCCCAGUCCACCACAGUUCUCCAUGCAGUGGCCUUACUACAUCCUGGGCUUUGACAUCCUUCUGUUCCUGGUGGCUGGUGCCAUUUGCCUUUCUCAAGGAAAAAUCUGCCUUAGAUGUCGCUUGUUGCCCAUUUACCAGAGCACUGAAGACGUCCAGGGGACCCUACACUUGGAAAAGCUGGAAAGUUUGGGAGGAAAACUGAGCUGGGUACAAAAGGAGACCCAGCUGAGGGAAGCAACAGUAAUCUAGCCCAGGACAUUGUCUCUGCCCUUCCUGAAGCUGUGUGGCAACGCUUGCAGGUGUGUGCGGCAACUCCUUCUCUGCCAGUCUCUGCUGCCUAGAGGAGGUGGAGCAUCAAGCCAACCUUCCACGCCCUGACACGCACAGACAGUCCAUCUUGCCGAUGUUUAAAAUUUUUUAAAAGUUCUUUGGAAAGAAAAAGUUCUUUGAACUCUUCUGAG